AUAUACCCUAUUUGUACAUUUUCAUAUUUUUUCCAUUAGUUCCAACUACCAACAUCAAAAACAAUUGUUACCUCUCUUGCUCUCACACACAAUUUAGGAUAAAUAAACUUCUUUCCUAGUGUGAAGAGCAACUAAAAUAUUCUUAUUGGGCUAACAUGUCAAAAGCAUCAUGGCUCACAAUUUCGACAUCUGGGUAUUAUUCUACAUGCAAAUACCAGUAUCCAGCUCAUAGAAUCUCAAAUUCUAGAUGUAGAAAGUGUGGCCAUACAUGAGUACAUAUGUACGCAUAAACACAUGCAAAACUACAAAAGCAUCAUACUCCAUGGAAUUGGCUUAUGUGUUACGACUUAGGAGAUGUAUAUUAAUAUUAAUAUUAAUUGACUGCUUGGUAGUAUCUAAUUCAAAGAUUCUCUUUCUUGAACCAAAUAAAAAACCACAGAUUCUGCAAUUUAAAUGCAAUUCAUGUAUGACAUGCAUGAGCAUUAAUACAUACCACACAUAAUGACAUAUCUUAUUAUAUACUAAUGCUUGUCUCCUCAAGUAACCAAAAGAAGGGUAAAAAAGAAGAAGAAUAAAGGAGGGGGAAAAAAAAGGUCUCAAUAGUCUCUUCUCAUUAUUGGUAGUUCCCACUAAUAAACCUCAUCUCUUCUUAAGACAAUCAUACAGAAGUGAAGUGCCUCUCUUUCUCUUUCUCUCUCUAGAGUUGGAUUAGAGAGAGUUGAAUUAAGAUGGCUAGGAAAUGUUCUCAUUGUGGCAACAAUGGGCACAAUUCAAGGACUUGUGGCAGUCUUAGAAGCCAAGAAGGUGGUGGAGUGUUGAAGCUUUUUGGGGUGCAGCUUCACAUAGGAGCCCCCAUGAAGAAAAGCUUCAGCAUGGAGUGUUUGUCCACUUCAUCUUCUUCAUGCCCUCUCUCUUCUUCAUCAUCCCCUUCACCAUCUUCUUCUCUUGUUUCAAUAGAAGAAGCUGCUGAAAAGAUUAACACUGGGUAUCUCUCUGAUGAUCUUGUGGGCAAAACACAAGAGAGGAAGAAGGGAGUUCCCUGGACAGAGGACGAGCACAGAACAUUUCUGGCAGGUCUAGAGAAACUCGGAAGAGGCGACUGGCGAGGGAUUUCGCGACACUUUGUGACCACAAGAACUCCAACCCAAGUGGCUAGCCAUGCUCAGAAGUACUUCCUCAGGCAGAACAGCCUUAUCAAGCAAAAGAAGCGCCGUUCCAGCCUCUUUGAUGUGGUUGAUGAUAGCGAGAAGGCGAUUCCUACUGCUGAACUACAAUUUCCUUCCCUCUCUCUUAGUCCAACUUCAAAUUCAAUCGCCGAUUGCAAUUCAUCAGAACAGAACACAAAAUUGCCGUCGUGUCUUAAUUUCCUAGCAACUUGUCCGGAGAUAAUGGGCACAUCACUCAGCAAUGCGCCGCAAUCAUCUUCUUCAAUGGAAAAUCAUCAAGGUCAUCUCCAGACGCCAGAUUUAGAGCUCAAAAUUGCCCCCUCAAGGCCACUGGAUAACAGUAAGCCAUUCAUAGGGACCAUUAGAGUUAUCUGAUUAUGUUCAAGAAAUAAUCAAACAAGUAUUGGAGCUCAUGACAAUUUAAGGAUCACUCUAGAAAUACCCAAGGCAAAUCACCAUCUUCGUCCUCUCUACUAUUACUGUUUUUUCUACACAUGUGAAUGAUGCAUCUCCUCUGGACUUGGUACUUCCCUGAAUGCUAAUGAUGCUGCUACGAACAUUUUUAAUUAAUAUUUUCUUGUUUCCAUUGUUGAAUAAUCAAAAAGAGUAUUUAUUUGAACCUCUGCUAAUGUGUAAUUUAAUCGACAGAAUUCUACCAGGAAUCAUUGGAACUUAA